CUGUUUUAUCAAUUCUGGCCGUCUCGUUGCCAUCGACUUGGGUAGUUCAUUCUUAAGUUGAAAGCGAGUUUUUUUUUGUCGUGAUAGAAGAACGAACGCUGUGGAAGAAAAACCAGUUAUUUUGAAGCUGGGGCAUUUUUUUUUCAGGUUAAAAGACUAAUUCGAUUGCAGUGUAAAAGGACAACCACUUGAAAAUGGUGAGUAAAUUCUUCAAGGUAGUUCUUGGUGUUCAGUCUUUUCUUCAAACUUUAUCUUAGGUUGUUUUGGAUCAAAAUGAGCAGUUCUCGAAAGUUGUUUUAUUUAAACGCAUUUAGGUUACUAAUUUGUCACAAUUGUGAACACUUAAUCAAUUAUGUUGAACCUUUAAUUUGUUUGCACACGAUGAAUGUGCGCUCUAAGCCGUGGCAAAAAUAAGUUGAGAGAGCAACUACGUUUAUUUAUAGAGCAACUUAUGUGAUAUCGGUGAAAGUUGUAUUUGCGCAAGUGAUAUUUGCGGAAGAAAUGGUAUUUUCGAAAGAAAAACCCGUCUGGGCCUAUUAAACCUUCGUUUUGCUCAACAAUUCAUAAAAUCCGUGUCUGACUUUCUCACAACGACUCAAAGCUCUGCAUAUAUAUUUGAAUCACACCACGUUUAGAAAACAAAUGAAAACAAUCACUUUUUCCUUCUUGUGUGUAUUUUCCCCUGCAGUUCCUUGUUUUUACAACGGUGUUUUUCUGGGCGUUUCUGAGUGUUCCGCUCGUUGACUGCAGCAUAGACCUUCAGCAAGAAUCGUGGAACGAAUUGUCGCAUCAGUUCGUUCACCUGGCUAAAAAGUGUUACUUGUCGCGCGAUAUAUUCAUGAUGAGGUUGCAUCAUCUUACCGAUAGGAAUGUCACAUGCAACGAUGGCACACCAGCAGGGUAAGUAUGAGAUAGAAAGCGAUACAUGUGCUGAUGAAAUAUUCAUUGUGUGACAAUGAUCAAAACAAGAAUUACUAUGCAUAAUGUGUGAUAAUUUUCACAGGUUUGUGUAGUAUUAAUCCUCAAACGUUACAUUCAUGUUACAUAGCUUUUCGCGAAAGAUAGUUUUCCUUGACCAACUCAACGCCCAAACGUAUCAAUGGCCGCGCGCAUGCCAAGCUCUGAUGGAAUUACACUCAGGUUAAGAGGGAGUUUACGCAAUCAUAUUAUGUGAAGAAAGGUUGACUUUGGAAUCAGAAGAUAAGUCCUGAGUGGCUUCAACCGCCAAACUUAUUGCAAGAUCUAUCGGUUUUAUUCGAAAAUAAGUAGACUUGAGUUAUAUUCUAAGCAGUUUACAAAAGUUUAUGAAUGUCCUUAUUUCACUGCAUGAUCCAAGCCGAGGUUUCUAGAGGCAAAUUAAAGAACUCCUGUCUGAUCAGAAAAUGUAUAAUACUUGUUUUUGAUAACAAAGAAAAAUCGACAUUUUCAGGGUGUAAGUACAGAUUUGAAUAUAUCAGUGCUAAAACAAUGAUAACCAACACGUUGCUACAACGUGCUUUCCGGAAAAUUUUUCCUGUCGAACUCAACAAGAUUAAAAUCAAAGGAAACUAAAGAAUUCAGAUUCUUACAUAUCAACGUUGCCAGUAUUUUACUCUUGCAGUUCUUCGUUGCCAGCAUUUCAAUUAAGUGGGAAUUUUGAUUUUAUGCCAGCUUAAUGCGAUAUGGAGUCGUCAAAGGAUACAAACAAGACAACUCAAUUGACCUUAUGUGAAGAGAGCGCAGCACUUUCAUUUUACUUCCUUAAGUAAUUAUUCAGUUCAACCCUUCAAAAGGAAUAAUAACGUCAUUACUUCAGUGCAAUCAGGCAAAAUUUAAAAGUUAUAGGAAUUUUUUUUGAUUCACAAUUUAUGAAAUUUGAUGAAAAGCCGAAUACUUUUUAAGUCAACCUUGCUCUCAGGAAACUCCAUGCAAAGAACAGAUGUUAACAGUUAAAAUGGAAAAGACGACAAUUCUUCUUUGUCGUGUGGUUGGCUCCAACACAAAAUCCUUCCUACUUAUUUACAGCAUUGAAAAUGUGUUUUAGAAUAUCUAAAACUUUUCGAAAGGGUUCUUAUUAAGAUUUAUUUUUUCAAAUACUGGUAGACUUAAGUUUGUUUGCCUCCUCUUGGUCAAAUACUCUAUUUAGGCGCCUUAGUUACUUUCUUGGUUUCGUGCAUUCGUUGAUUGUCAGCAUCUGUGGUAUUCAAUUGUUGAUUGGACUUUAGUUAGCAAGUUCACGACUUAUCAAUAGUACUGAUUGACGAAUUUGCUCAAUCUCACGAAAAACAUCCAUACAUGGUCUUGUUUACAAAUGCUACAGUAAUUACUGUACAGUGAACAAAGCGAUAGAUUCCGUUACAGUUUCCUGUGUAUAGUAAUUUUCCUCCAUACUGUCAUCGUCAAAUCCGGCCCUGUUUAUCACGCUGUUAAUUUGAUAAUUCUGAAUUAAUUCUUCCAUUCUGAAUUAAAUUUCUUAAACGCUCCAUAUGCCUUAUAACGUUGAAAAAAAAACUAUUUUAACAAUUUUAAUGGCAGGAACUUCAAGUCCUUUGAAGGAUUAGAUGUUCAAACAUUAAGACAGCCUUAGCAAUCAAGAAGAGGUCAACUAAACCAUUGAAAUGAAAUGGAGAAAAAAAUUAAUAUCUCUGCCAAGUGCUAAGUUAAAAUUCGACUAUCUAAAGGCUAUAUAUCAGAGAGGAUAAACAAAAAAUGUGAUCUCUCCUCGCUUUAAUCCAAAAAAUACAGUUUAACUUCAAAGAGACUUCGUUUUAACUGUGACUCAGAGGUAUGAAAUGUUCAUCCGCUGAAUCCGAAGGUUUGUGGUUUGAAUCCUCUUAGGGGGGAGGGAGGCUUAGACCUUCUUUGUAUUAAAACAAACAUUUUUCUUUAAUUUUCGACCGAACCAAAAAUUACCUAUCCUCAUUCUAUAUCUAUUCUGAGUUUCAUUCACCAUUAGAAAGGGUGUGGUUUUCCAGCAAAAUGAACUGGAAGUCGUAAGUUUUACUGCGCACUGAAUUCGUCUUUAAGUUCCACGCAACCAUGUUUGCAUUCGGGUCAUUUUCAGAAUUUGGCUCUAAGCCGACCAUAGUACAAAUAACUAAGUUAUGAAAAUAAAAUCGAGAGCAAAUAAAUCAACAAAGAUAUCAGUAGUAAGAAAACGCCACUCAUAGAGUGGCAAAUCAAAAUUUUUCAAAAUUAUCUUUAAGUAAAGUUUGAUUUCUGUAACUGCUACAUGCAAUAUGAACUUGAUUGAACUUGAUUAAGGCCAGACAAAAAAUGGCAACUUUUGAACUCGGUCGUGGGAUGUAGUAAGAUCUAAGUCAUUUUUCGGGACACCAGCAAAGGAAAAGAUACGAGUCCCCAUGAGGGAUGGCACUUCAGUCCUUCGGACCAUUUUCACGUACAUAGGCUUUACCACUUACCAUUGACGUGGCAUGCCAUAAUACAUCGGCUUGCUUAGAUUAGCCACAACUCUGAGACAUUUGCACAAAGCUUUACGCAGAGGCAAUCAGGUGCAAUCGUGUGCUAUUUACAUCUAGUUUCUAAUCUUCAUUUAAAAUUUAAUUGAAUGUUUUUUUACUCCGAUAUUGAAAGCUUAGAAGAUAUGUCUGCUGAAGUAAAUCAGGUCAAAGUAGUCUACUGUGAUAAACAACGUAACCACGGAAAGUUUUCGUGAAUCUUUUCACGAAUUAUUUUAUCCUAAUUGUUCCCCUCUUUUUAUUAUUUGCAGGUAUUACUUGAGAAGAGCUCAUGGUAGUAAAAGGUGGAUUGUGUAUUUGGAGGGUAAAUAUAACUCAGUCGGUAUAUUUUUAGUUUUGACUAAGCCUUACUCCCUCACCCGAGUUUUAAAUAGAUUGGACAAGAUUAAUAAAGAAUAUAUCUGCGUCCUAAAAUGCCUCCAUCAACAUUUUACCAAAAUAACCUAUCAACAUGUCUUUUUAUCUUCACGAAAGAACACCUUUAAGUCGAAUUUUCAUUCGAUGGAAGAAAGCCAAUCGCGUGAACGUUUUACGAUACUGGUAAUUUUUGCGUAAAUGAUCACGCGAAACAAUUUUCCUCAGAAUGUAAAGCUGGAAUUCGUUUGCUGAUUGUUGAAAAAAAAAUUGCUAGUGUCACUCUGCAUUUUGUCCACUGUGCGCUAAUCAGAAACUACGUUGGGAAUUUCACAACUUUAUCAAAAUGAAAACAUGUUACGAACGGACUUCAUGCAUAUCCUCCGAGCCGAGAAACGCGGUUAAGGAACGUAAAGAAAACGGAUAACUAAGAAGGAACGAUUCGGUAAAAAAAAGCAAACAAAAAAAAAGCGUUGAACAUUCGCUUUUUAAUUUGGAAUGUCGUCCUUUUCAUAUAUAAAUGUUCAACGCUAGAAAAAUGCUGAUAACAAAUGCUUGUAAGGUGGUGUUCAUUGCGUUGAUGCGUAGUUCUCACCUUCAAUUGAAGUAAGAAAGAGGAUUAACAUGUCGUGGGACAGUUGUACUUUGAAUAGGAUUAGAGUUAUCAUCCAAAGAAUAACGAGAAAUGUUGUCAAGUGUUUCAUAGAUACUGGAAACUAAAAUUUAAUCGGACGUUUGACUGAGCGGAUGUGCUUGCCGAAAACCUCUUCCUUUAUCUUGUUUAGCGUGGCUAAAAGAGGAGAUGUCAUGAUCACGUUAAAACAAUGAGGUCUUUUUUUUGAAAAUUUUAAAAGAGAGUACUGUCUAAAACCGAACAUAGCAUAUUAACAUACAUUAAAGCGAACGGUUCAUUAAGUCCUUAGCGAUAGGCUAAAAUAACGAGCUAUUUUCUGACGCGGCUCUGGAUAAUUUGCAGCUGAAAAGAGAAUUGCAGUGUUUCUAAAGAGCUGGUAUCUCACACAUAAUUGAUAUGUUUUCAAACUGUCCAGAUUCUCAGUUAUAUUUCCUGUUAUUUCUCUGUAUUUAUCGGAAAGUUUUUAAUACGGCUUAUCGAAUAAUUUGAGACCGUUGUCUUAGAAGCCCUGAAAUUGAAUUGAUCCUCUCAGUUGCUGGUAUUUCCGCCAAGUUUCUGUUUUAUUCUUCGUGCCGUAAUUCAUUAGGGAAACAAAUAUUUCGAAUGUAAAGAUAAAGGAGCUUAGAUACUGUACAAGCUCUGGCCGCUUUUGUUUAGGUUUUUUUAAUUUUAAGAUCUGUUCUCAAUUUUGUUGCUAUGAUAUCAUCCGCGGAGGUUCUACUCUUCGAUUGCUAGCAGCACACAGUGAAAACAAAAAGCAAUUGAAACGAGUUAAAAACUUAUCUUUUGCAAAAAUACCAUAACUUCCCAAAAAUAGAAUGUAAUUUCAGUUUCCUGUUGAUUCCCCAGUGUGUUUUGACUGCUGAGGUAUUUCAUACAGCCCCUAAUUUAAACACACCUUCUUGUGAAUUUUUUUUUCCUUUGGAUGCAAGGGCUGCUUCUGUUUCUAUUUUCUAUUUGUCAACACGCACAAAAGCAAAUCUGUUCUAAAAUCGUGCUGCCUAAGGUGGAAAGGCCUUAAAUCACAAUAUACCUCAUCAUCAACUUUCUAAUCCUUGAUAUUUAUUCUGCUUGUUUCUCACCAGGUGGCGAAUUCUGUACCAGUGCAGAGUCUUGCGAAGCGAGAUAUUCCGAUAUGACUCAUCUGAUGUCUUCUGCUAGGUGGAACCCUGUUAAGGAAGGUAUAACGUAAAAGACUCUCUUCUUUUAGAUUCCAAGGCGGAAAACUCUCCGCUGUGUGUGUCGUUUUUUUUUUCUGCGGCAUAAAACGAUUGAAAGUAUCCAAGCAAAUGUUUAUCCUACAUGGAAUGCCCUGGCAAUUUUACAGAGAGUGGAUACUCGUAAGAAAGGAUCAAUUAAAGAAAAUGUAUCCCCUAGAUAGGUAUUAUUUCUUGGUAAUCCCCUUUUACUUUCCUUAACGGAGUCCCUAAGAGAACCUAAAAAUAACCUAAGCCGUGUCGCGAAUUUUCGACUUCCUGUGCAGGGAUUGGAAGUUCUUUACCUUCAAAUUCAUGCAACGCGCGCGGAGUAUGUGCAAAAUCACGAGAACUUCAAUAAAGCAGAAAGUAUUGUAGCAAAAACGUUGAAAAAAACCAAUUGGCCAGUGAGCAAAAGCGCGUCACCUUUUCUAAUAUGGUUCUCCAUCAUAUAUGUAAGAUGACGACGUGAAAUUUCCUGGCGUCAGAUGGAGUAUGUUUAACACGCACGAAGAUAUAGCCUGUCUCCCCUGAAAUUGACUGCACUUCAACAACAAUCACCACUGGGGAACAUCCGUCUAAAUUUGGUUGGCAUAUUAAGCGAGUUACAUUUAUUACGGAAAGGUUUUUUUUAGAAGGAAAAUAUACCCCCCCUGGUGGUUAAGUCAGCUCCUAACUAUAGCCUGACACGACAGCCGGACUGUGAAUCUAUCAAAAAGUUGACACAGCUUUAAAAGAUCGAUUCCGACUUAUCUUUCUGAUGAUUUCAUAAGGUUUUAAAAAGAAAGAAAACAUUUCUUGUUUACUGAUCUCUUGUGCUGUAUUGUCUUGUUUGUUAGGCUCCGGGAUACUCUCAACGAAACAACACCUAAAUCCAACCUGGUGGAAUGCAAAUCAUGUGUAAGAUUUUCAUAUUUAUUAACCUUUUUUUAACCAUCCUUCAUUGUGCAACCGGGGCUAAGGUAUUAGGUUAGGGAGAAAGUUCAUGUCAUUAAAUUAUAAGCUGCGAAGAAACCUCGCGAGUUAUAGAGUCACCUCUCUACCCGAUUCUUUAAUAGAAGAGGAUUUGAGAGCUGCGUAUAAAUAUUUUGCGGUCAUUUCAGCCAAAUGAUUAUUUCAUUUGGAGAGAAGAAGACGAUGAAACAAUCGUGGAGUCGGGUAAUAAAAGCAAGAGAGUUAAUAGUGAAGAGAUCAUAAACACCAAGAUGUCAUUAGUAGCUCUCUUCACUGUCUGCCAUACAAAUCUUAUGAUGUUAGUUUGGAGAAUUUGGUAUUGGAUCAAUUGAUAAUCUCCUGAUUGAUAUUUUUCUUUAUUCUCAUCACUUAUCUGCUUGAUGUUGUAUUGAUAUUGUAAGGAGAAAUUCUGUCUUGGUCCUCCAUGGGAAUUAGAGAGUUGAUAAGGGAUGGACAGGAUUGACAUAUUCAAAUUAAGAACACGCAAAAUCUGGCUUGUGAGUAGGAUCAUUUUGGCGCUUCAACACGAGCGGCGAGGUGCGUGCGUUUCGAACGCGUACGAGCGAUGUGAGGGUGCACGAAGCGGUGCGAGGGUUCUGUUAGUUUUCGUGCCCGACCCCUUGAAAACCUCUCACUCGCUGGCUUUGCUCACCGGCUCGAAUCUCUCUUCGCCGCUUAUGCCCAUGCGCAGUCUGGCAGAAUUCAGGCCUCCUUUAACAUUUGGGAAAGAAGCUUGUGUAUUCAUGACCGACGUUCUUACUUGUAAACAAAAGUUAUCAAUGUUUGUUAUUUUGUCGUCAGGUAUGUACCGUACUGCUCAAGUGACGCAUGGAUUGGCAACGCAUCAGCAAAUGAAACAGGAGGUACUAACCUGUUCCUUUACCCUUAAAUUACAUCGAAAUGUCUCAAUAACUAAAUACAAGUUAAGACUGAGUCCCCUCAAGUUUUACAUCUGUGAGAUUUUUAAAGAUUUCAUCACAGCCGGUUCUACGAUCAGUCUUAACCCUUCACGCCCUAACAUCAGUAUGCAUAUUCUCCAUACUGGAAGGAUAAUUUGUUUGACAAUAAAGGGCUUCUUAAGUUGCUGAUCAUUUCUUUUACUCUCGUGACUUAUAUGUGUGAUUUAGGGGUGAUACUGUAAAGAGAAAUUAGAUCUCAGUCACUCCAUCGGGUCAAAGGGUUAACUGCCCACAAUUAUUCGAUGGCGUGUUCAAUCCUAUACCACAGGUACAAGACCUUUUUACGUCGUGUUUUUCAGAGCGAUUCUCUUUUGUCGGAAGCAGAAUAUUGGAAAGGGUGUUUACGGAGCUGAUGUCAAAGGGUCUGGAACAUGCCGAACGUGUUCUUCUAGCAGGAAGCAGGUAUUCUGGUCUCAGUGCCAUAUUUUCGUUAACUUAGAAAACUACUUAGUUGUCAAGGCUUAGACCAGGUCUAUUUCAAUUGGAAGGGUGAAUUUCUGAGUGGGUCUUAAGCAUGUUCCCUCAGAAUAAAUUAUAAACCAGUGAAUAGGACCAGCAUACAGGUGUGAUCAAGUGUUGGGAAUAGUAUGAGAUUGCAUUGGUUUUCGUUUUCCUCGCCCUGUGAUUAGCUCUAAAAUACUCGCGCCAUUCCCUUAAUAAAUAUUUGCAGUGUACUGAAUUCAUGUAACAUCUGAACUCAGUCAUGCCCUAACUCACCACAGAGGUCUUUGUAGCACAGUUUUAUGGCAACGGAGCGCAGAAUGCGAAGGUCUGGGCUCGAUUCCUUAUGGGAACUCAAAACCUUUCUUUGCUCCUCGCUAUUUCCCACACCAACAAAGUCUUUCUUUAAAAAUCUAAUAUUUAUGAUUCGCACUUAUUUCGUCCUUAGUGCUGGUGGUAUCGGCGUGAUUCUCAACUUGGACAGGAUUGCCAAAAGGCUCCAGACGGGUGGAUUUAAAAUCGAUGUUCGAGGCCUGGCUGAUUCCGGCUGGUACCUGGACAUUCCUUCGUGUCCUGCAGGAGGAAAACACUGCCAGAGAGCUAAAAUCCAAGAAAACGUGACCAAAAUGGCAAUAGCGUAAGUAAACACGUAAACUGCGUAAAAGGUUCUUGGCUAGAACGCUGGUGAGACUCGCGCGAAAGAUCAAAUAUAGUUGUAACUCUAAUCUUCGCGCGUUAAUCACCACUUGCACGUGCAGGUAUGAAUCACUUGCGCCUUGUUAAGUAGGUAGGGCCAAGCUUGGUGUUUUGUUCUACUUGGCGCCUUCAUAUAUUAUUUUUAAAGGUUUUUUAGAAUGAAAAGCUUUAUUUAUAGCUUCAGUUUUUGUUUAUCAGUUAUUGGAGAGGCGUUGUACCUGACGAUUGCGCAAGAAGAAAUCCUCAGAAAAAAUGGAAAUGCUUCUUUGGUGAACAGGUGUAUCGUACAGAUGAUAAGUCUCCGAAACAUAGUAAGUCUAACUGAAAAAAAAAUGAUUUAAAAACGUUCAUCUAACUGCCUCAAGGGUACGAGAAGUGUGAAUGAAAACUUCAGAAGAGUAAAAUCAUUAGUCUAGCAGCUGGGCCUACUCUUCGCACCGAUCCUGACGAACUGUACAUUGAAACGGAGCUUCUCGAAAACGCUCCUCAAUGAGGACAUACUUGAAAACGCUGGUUUUGGCUCUGGACAUUUGAGUUUAUUUUUCAGCGCAUUAGAAAAUUUACGUUUAAAUAAGAAAAACAGAAGAAGCGAAGUUACAAUGCAAACCCAUAACAAACAAUAAGAGCAGAGGAGUGAGACGAAGGGGAUUACAAAUGGUAACUUUGGUAAAAUUUUUGCUUAAUUUUUCAACCUGCUCAAACUGUGACUUUGCCCUUCCCUUUAUUCCUGGUUUAAAGAAAACCCGUUCAAACAGUCUCCAAAUUUACCUCUAAACAGGUCCCUUGUUCGUUUUCCAGUGGUUGUACGAUAGCGCACAACUGGUGUGGUCAAUUGGUGCGCAUAUUAUGAGACCAGGACAGUUAUCUGAUGAGGAGCAGGCCCGGGUAUCUUACAUUGGGAAUGAAGUAAGGAACUCCUUCAAUAGGACCAAAGGACUGUCGUGGUGAGAAUUUUUUUUUUGGAUUUUUUUUUUGUUCGAUUCAUAGUAAUCAGGACCCUGUCUAAAUCCGCCCUAUAAAGUACGUUGACGUACACUGACGAGAAUUUCAAAGAGGCUAUAAGGAUUUCCUUGCUGGCGACGACCAUUUAAGGUUGUAUUUACAAAGGAAACGUCAUGUCACCAACGCUUAAAGUAUCCGCGGUCGGUCGGGGAAUGUCUGUUAACAAGCCAUAUACUGUUAUUGAUUACAAGUUUGAAAUAUAUACUUUUGCUUUGUCUCUUUACAGCGCGGUAUUUGCGCCAUCUUGCAUAUUCCACAGCAUCCUCAAUCAAAAGUAAGUAUGUUUCAAAAUUUACACGCUAUCUUAACAUUUACAAGGUAAAAAAGGAUAUUUAGCUUGGAAAAUUGGAAGGCUCGCGCCAUCAAUUAUUCUCGUUACGUUUCUGUUGAAAUCCUUGCUGACGAAAACCAAAACUUGUUACUGUGACUUAGUUGUCGCUUUCUGAUCGUGCUUCGGGCGUUGAGCAUUGCCACCGAUAGCGAUAUUGCAUGUUGUUACGAUGAAUCAGAAAAAUCUGGUCACGCUGCAUUUGUGGGGUGUAAUAAGAAAUUCAGUCAAAUACGACUUUUUUUGCUGCUAAUAAGUGUGGUUAAGUUUUUGAAUUGCUUUGCUCUUUUUACUCCAAAGUGACUGGCUGAACGUUUUAGUGAAAGGGAAGAACCUAAACCAGGCGCUUAACGAUUGGUACCAGUCCUCUGGCCAGACAACGCAGGACUGUCAGACACUCAUCGAAACGGAGUGUACUGUUCCACAGUGCGCUCUGACGUGUCCUUCAGGCUGGAAAUUAAUGGGUCAGCGGUCCCGCAGUAAACACACCAAACCACCGUCUGACUAGGUUGUGGUUCCAAGACCACGUAAAUGAGGGAGCCCCACGGAAAAAGGGUCUCCCAAGUCACUAGUGUAAUGUAGAAGUUGUUAAUGGAAUACCACUAUAUUUUAAUAUACAACAGAACACAUUGAUAACAGCUACUAUAAAUUUCUUCGUACUACGAAGUUAAUGAUUAAAAAACAGUUUAAAAACGCGUUACGAAUUUUGAAAAGGUCGACUUUUAAUUAACUAAUCAAGAGUGCUUUUUGUGGCCCUUCUGAUUCCAUCAUUUUCACCGAAAGCCCGCAAAACGGUAGGUACGUUGUGUAUGAGGACACAUAAUGUACUUAACGUAAUUAUAAAAUGAGUAACUUAUAAUAAAUAUGCAUGUUAUGUUCCCAUACAGUGUACCUGAGCGAUAAAGUACUCGGUAAAAUUCGACUCCAUUUUGUUUUGAUUGAAAGUAAAGAAAAGUGGCGGCAACCUGGUAAAAAAAUACAAAUCUUUUCAGACAUAGGUAACCAAGUUUUAUCUUUAGCCAUAAGAUGUAUCUCAUCCUUUUUUGGUAAAUUCAAUAUUUUCUUGCGUAAAAAUACGAGGAAAAAGAAAAAGAAUUUAAAUCAUGAGGGCCACUAUUAUGACAGAAACUCGUUAAAAAUUAAUCUUAUCAUAAUAGGAAAACAGAAACACCAACAACGAGACCAUUUUUCGGAGAUGGUAGAGUUGAUAGGUAGUUGAAAGACACUGUUUUGUUAUGUGCUAUCGACUGUAAUAUUAAUCACUGUAAUGCAUCAAAUAGUUUUGCUCGCGCGCGAUUGGUCUUAACGCAUCGCCUGAUCAAAUACGCCUCAGCUAAAACUGGGGAAUAUUCGAGGAUAUAAACCAAGCAAUAUUCCCAAAUUUUCAAACCUUGCGUCUUGAAAAGUGACUCGAAAAGGUGAGAGAGCGUUCAGCUAUUGUUACAGAAGAAGGGACAUUUUUGUUCGUUCAUUUAGUCGCACUAGAGACACUAAGAAAAAAAAUUAUCAUUCCACACAUGGCAAACAGUAAGCUGUUCACAAACCUUUUACCCACGCGUUGCAAAAAUAUUUGAAGGAUAAUAAACACGAUAGCUCGGACAUAACCUGUUUCUCGAAGUUCACAGUUUCCCCGCAAAACUGUACGCAUCUCGGGACAGAUAACGUCCGCGGGCAACUAUCCGUGCCCCUUUUCGCGCCAAAUGAGGGCUGUAGUUUUUCUAUCAACUUUUCAUUAAUUUACCAUCUGUUUGGUCGACCAGUUCAUCGUUUUGACUUGUUCGUUUCUCGACGGCUUUUAUUCAGGGCAAGCAGUUGUUGUUUAAAAAGCUGAGAAACGAACAAGGAGACAAGAAAGGCUGUUUUAUCAUUAAGCGCAAGCAAGGUUUAUAAUGACUGUCAUUUGUUCUGUUGUUAGGUGCAUUACUAAAUAUUAAAAAAUAUAACGACGUUUAAAAUCACUGAAUCCAAUUCUAUAUACAAUUAAUUUAAAACAAAUAAAGAAAUGUUCGAGUUGCAUUCUUCUACUUACAGUGUUUCGUCUCAAUUUUGAGGCAAUGCUGUAUGAAAGUAUAACUAAAUAUUGGUGAGUAUUUCUUACGUGUAUGUGAAGGAAUUCUAUAAUAUAUUUACAA